CAUAAUGAGGGCGUAUUGAAGAAGUAUACAUCAAAAUUGAAGAUCGGGGAAGUGAAGGAGGCUGCAAAGUUGUGACCGAUUUAUUGUUGGACGUGGAUCGGGAAUGUCUGAGUAUAUUUAUCUUGCGUGGCCGCAUAUGGAGGGAUGGAGGGUAGGAUUUUUUGUCUUUCUACAUGCUUCGAUCACCUAUUCCAGCAUGAUUACGCUGUAUAUACUACAUUGCACAAUACAUCAUCUCAUAUAUGUAUCUCUGGAGUUUUGGUUUCCUAUAAUAAACUCCGAUGACUUGAAAUAGUCCCAACUCCUAGUCCCAAAGCAAAGUGCCUUCCAGAAGUAAUAACGGUGGUAUCAAUGCGCGAAUAUGAAUGG